AUGCUUUCCCUUAAAAGCCUUGCAAGUCUAUGGAGACUAUGUUGGUGCGGAACUACCAAAGUGGUCGAGGGGUAUCUCACAAGCACAGUAUUUGUCCUCAAAGCUAUUCUUGGUGUCGAAACCCCAGACACGCUUGGUGAUUCAGAUAAAUGCCAAGGGAAGGUGGACUAUGACUUACCUCUUCCUGAGGUUGCAGACCGCGUCCACACAGCAUGGAAGGGACAGGGGCGUACCAUACCAUUGGACGUAUUGUGGACCCGCAAAUCAGCUGAAAACAGCCCUUUGGCAAAGCAUAUUACUGCAGUGAAGGAGGGGCAGUACGGGACGGGUUCGAUCGCCCCCUACCGGGAGGGUUGGACCUACAAGCCAGCUCUCGGGGUCAGUGAACUGCUCGGUCCUGAGGGCCAGAGUGGACGUUUCAGCAAAUGGUCCCGUGAAUUGGUGGAGAUGACAGAAAAUGGUAUCAGCGUGCUACGGGAAAUCAUGCGAUUUCGCGAAAAUGCCGAUAUGUCGGAUACAACGCUUAGGAAGAGCUCGAAAGUUUGGACUCAGAAAGUCAUCAUUGGGGAAGACCGUGUCGGGGACAUUUUGCGCAAAGCACGUGAAGGGGCCAACGGCAACCACAGCACAAAAUCAAAGGUCGUUUGUUGUCCGUCCCCAGCCUAUACUGAGGUUAUGGACGAAUUCGGGUUGAGAGGUGUCGCUGCAUAUCCUGUCUUCCUUGGGUCUUGGUGGAUGGCCCUAUUGCUGCAUGAUUUCGAUGAUUGGCGACUGGAUUACUUGUGCAUUUUGGACUACUCAUACUUCUUCGAAUAUAACGUGGACAGCGCUCGGAUAAUGUCCCAGUCACCGUCGUCCUUAAAAAAGGAGAUAAUGGCAGUUUGGGAUAUGCCAGAGCUCCCAGAGGAGCUCCGGGUCCGCAGGUCGCACAUGGUCUGUGACAUGGCCUUCUUUGAACUCAAGCGUGCACAUGAGGCUUCUGUCCGAGCACAAACGACCGACGGGCUCACUGCCUGGGUUCAUGCCGAUCGAGAUACCUGGCGCGAUUUCAAGGCUGUAGAUGCUGGCGGCUUCGCGCAUUUCCUGUCAUUUGUAGCAGGAAUUCCCGGACGCGAUGACAUGAUGUUGUCUGGGCUCGUCAACGACUGGGUCGAUCUCGGGCCGGAUCUACGUUUUGAGGAAUGCAACCAGUCUGUCUUCGCUCUCACCCGUGGAUCCUUGGCUCUCGCUGACAUGCUGAGCUGCUAUGAGCGAACCGUGUGGAUGUUGAAUGCCAGCUUCGAUUCUAAGGAACGCCAUGUGGGCUUCAUGACCAUCGCUGGCGCCUGUAUAUGGGAGCUAUGCAACCACCGUCAAGACGUGUGGCGGUACUACUCUCUAGCCUUCAACCUGAGCUCGAGUGUGCAAGCAUUAAACCUGUAUAAAAUUGGUGACCUUGCAGAGUGUUAUACAUCCAACUUGGAGCCAAAACUGCUAUCUACAGCGAAGGAGUUAGAUAUCCCGCGACGAAACCAGUCGUACCGUGUCUCUGUAGACGGAACGGAGUACACGGGUACGAUCAUGCUUCAUACAACCGUAUGCAACGCCGUCGAAUCUGGCAUACUCCCGGAAAGUAUAAUCAAUUACCAGAUUGUCCUUCCACUUCUCCUCCGCCGUGGAGAAAUUGACGCGAACACUUUUCUGUCACACAUGGACCGUCAUUACUGCACACAUGCUGCUGAGAUUACGCGGUCCGGCCAUGCCAAUGAUUUCAGCUAUCAAUAUGGUCGGGCCAUCGCUGCACUUGUGAUGGAAGAGUGGUGGUCGGGUCUUUACUUUAUCAUUGGUGUUGGUAGUCUUAUUGAGGCUCAGCCCGGCCAUAUCGCCGGGGAUCGCCCUCACUGA